AUGGUGGCCGGAGGUGGAGUGACGGCGGCGCGUGAGCGAAGAGAAGGCCGCGGCUUUAAGCUGCUUGUGGAGGAGAACAGCGGCGAGUUAGGGGCUGAGAUUGGAGGGUGGUGGUCGCCAGCCGAUGGGGAAGUGAAUGGGCUAGGCGGUGACGGAAAGUGCAAGGCAUUCAAGCCUAAGAGCAAGCAACAUGGGAGAUCUGCUGGAGUGGCAAAUAUUCUUAGGCCAAGAAAUGGAAAAUUAGCAAAAUGCCGCAGAGGCAAGUGUGCUAGCAAGGACAAGUCCAAGUUGAAGUGCUAUAACUGUGGAAACGUUGGACACUUUACUCGUGAGUGCACAAAGGCAAAGAAGGGGAAUGCUCUUCUAGCUUCUGACUACAUUUUGAAUCGUAUGUCUUCUAAGUCCGUUCCUUCAACCCCAUAUGAAUUAUGGAAUAAUGCAAAACUAAAUUUGGAACAUUUGCGUCAUUGGGGUUAUGCAGGUUAUGUUCACACCACUUCCCAUAAAUAUGGGAAACUUGGCCCUAGAGCAAAUAAGUAUAUCUUUAAAAGAUAUUCAGAGAGCUCAAAGGGCUAUGUAAUGUUUGGUAAACAUCCUACUGGAAGGAUGAUAGAAAUAGAGUCACGUGAUGUCACAUUUAUCGAGAGUGAUUUUUCCAAUAUUGGUGAAUCAAAGAAUGAUCUUAUACUUUUUGAGUUGCAAGAACUUGAGAGAGUUAGACCAUCUUUUGGUGAGGGUGGAGAAUUAUCACAUCCUAGAAUUGUAAAAGAUAAUGGGAGUGACUUGCCUCCUAGUUGGAGCAUACCACUAGAAAGUAACUCACAAGAGUCUCAGUUACGUAGAAGCAAACAGGAACCAUUCCUCGUCGUCAUUUUGAGAUUGAAGAGGAAUAUUUCAUGUGUGCUCAGUGUGACUUCGAUGAACCUUCUUCUUAUGAAGAAGCACUAA